AUGCCAUGCAUCUUGUUCGAGCAUAAGUGUAGAUCAUCCGCUAAUCGCAGUGAUCUAGCAAAACGAAAAGGAUUCUGUCCCGAGAAAACUCUCUGGAAAAAAUUAUACGAUCGCUUACCCUCCCACGAAAGCACAUCUGAGCACAGAAACUGUUACACAGAGUGGAAAUCCCUGAAAUGCUCUUUAAGUGGUAAAGGACUUGACUCAGAAUUGAGGAAACAGGAAAAGUGUGAAGCGGAAAAAUGGAAAGCAAUUUUACGAAGAAUUUUGGAUGUGACACUUUUUCUGGCCUCCAGAGGAUUGCCGUUUCAAGGUGAUAGUACAUUAAUUGGGGAUGUGCACAAUGGAAAUUUUCUCGGCACUUUGGAGCUGAUGGGGAAAUACGAUGAGGUCAUUCGUGAGCAUCUGGCCAAAAUUAAAGCCAAACAACUGGAUGGUGGCAACAUGCAAGGCCAAGCACAUUACUUGUCAUGGAAAAGCCAAAAUGAGUUUAUUUCUCUUUGUGGGGAUAAAGUUCUAGAAGCCAUUCUGGAUGAAAGGCUGAAAACGAUUUAUUAUGGAAUUAUUGCUGAUGCGACUCCUGAUAUUUCCAAAAUAGAACAAAAUGUUCUUAUUUUGAGGUACGUGUUUAAAAACGGAUGCACGGAAAAGUUUGAAGUUUGUGAACGUUUCCUGAAGUUUAUUGAUUUCAAUGACAAGAAAGGUGAAGAUAUCACCCUUAAAAUUUUGUCUGCGCUUGAGGAACUAAAAAUUCCUUUAGAGGAUUGCCGUGCGCAAGGCUACGAUG